AGACAUAUGAAAUAAGCUGUAAUACGUACAUAUGGUGGGUGUAUAAUCAUAAUGUUGCGCCAUUUGUUUUGCUGAUAUAUUAUAUAUGUAUAGGGAUUUUGAUUCACACAUGAAAUAUAACUUGUUAAUGUCCUUGUAUUGUCAUAUACUUCUCAGUUACGCAUAGGUAAGUAUGCCACCCAUAAUUUAUAAUAUUUGAACCACAAACAUGACAUUCAAACUCUUAUUUCAAUCCUUAACAUUUAACUAACCUCUCUUCACAGAAGAGAAGGCUUAAUAAAUGUCAGGCCCAUGAGCGAUGGGCCUUGAUAAGAUUAUUUACAGAAUCUCCACCAUUGCCUCAAGGGGAUAUAAUAAGUAAGAUGUACGAGGCCAUGUGCAGGCGAUGACGGUAAGCAUCUAACUAAGUCGCCGGCUGAUCUAAUUAAAUGUGUCUGCAGUAAGGCGCUGAAGCAUUUGGCCUGCAGUCCUUGGUGCGAAAGGUCUAUAUAAAGUACGAAUAUAUUUCAUGAAACUCAUUCAGUUGAUAUACGUUCUUGGAGUACUAUCUGUUGCUGUGUAGUUAAACUAUACAAUUAGAAAUAGUAGUAGACUAAACAAAUUAAAUAAAAUGCUUUUCUGAAUUUGAUUCAGUUGGAAUAUGCUCUUGAAAUACUACAGUUGUUGCAAGUUAAACAGAUUAAAUAUAUUUCGCAACUUUUAGUCGGUAUUAUUGAAAAUAGUUGUAGCAAAUUAAACAGUUUACGAUUAAUAAAAGUUGCAUUAAAUAAAAGUAGUAGGGUCUAUCAAGAUGACUUCGCUUUUAAUGCAGUUUAUUUUUAAUGUGAUCAUACUCACAUACUUUACAGUGAAUGGGCAAGGUUGUGGCAAUGCUCCAACCAUUGAAAAUGCUCAGAUAGCAACGCAUGCAGGCCCUCAUGUCAGGUAUGAGUGCAUUCGAGGGUAUUAUGUGAUCAAUGGUACAAACACAUUGCAUUGUAUCAAUAACUCAUGGGUUGGCAUUCACCUCACAUGUCUACAGGGUUGCCCAAGACCUGAUCCUGUGCAGUUUGCUUCCAUUGAUUUCUACAGAGACAUUGAAGAUGUGACACUUAAUGCUACAAGCUCUUUCAAUGGAGUCAGGAAAAGCAUGACCGCUUAUUACAAGUGUAAUGAAGGUUAUGACAUGAGAGGUCAACGUAGGUCAAGGUCAUGCCAAACAGAUUUUACAUGGACCGAAGUUCUUUUCCAAUGCCACAUCAAAUCAUGUCCUGCCCCUCCUAUGAUAGACCAUGGGAUUAUAACAGGGGAUAGCUUUAGAUAUGAAAGCUGGGUGACUUAUACAUGUGAUCCUGGUUAUUACACAGAUGGUAGUGGCAGACGUCCUGUGAAUAUUCAAUGUAUUGAAAGGAAUGGAAACAUGCAAUGGCAAACACCACCACCUGUUUGUAAAUUAAUCUGCAGUCCAAGAAAUGCACUUGGAGUUGAACUUGGGCGUACCUGCAUGAGUGCUUGUGAAACUGACAGCGAUUGCUCUGUUCACUUAGAAAGCUGUAUUUGUGACGGUCUAUGUGGUUUCUCAUGCAUCAACCCAGAUUCUAUUUGUCAAAUACCCGGACAACUGGCUAAUGGAACAACCAGCUAUUCAACAAUCAACUAUAACAGCACUGUUCUGUACGAAUGCUUUCCUGGGUAUGUGAUGGCAAGCGGUGAUGCCGUUCGUAAAUGUCGAUCAGAUUCAGUGUGGAGUGGAGCAAUGCCCACUUGUGUUCGUGGUUGUGGACAGCCUGUUCCUUUGGAAAAUGGAGGAAUCCCUAUUGGAGAUGCAGUCGGAUAUUUGGUUAAUGAUGUGGUCAAAUACACUUGCCCCGCUGGUUUCAGUCCAACUGGUCCAUCCAACAUAGCAGUAUGUGGUUCCAACUUCCAAUGGACCACCCCUAACCUUAGGUGCGUGCAAGGCAACUGUGGUCCUCCAGAAGUGCCAGAACACGGCCACACUCAACAAUCAAGUGACACUGGUGGCUCAAACCUUCUGUUUAACCAAACUGCAUACUUUAGCUGUGAUCCAGGUUAUGUUUUGAAUGGCACAGCAAAUAUUUCAUGUACUUCCAACUCAUUUGGUGUCCAGUUUCACCCUCCAAAUCUUCCAUUAUGCGAGCGUGGUUGCACACAACCUUUGCCAGUUACAUUAGAAGGAACAGAAGCAACAACUGAUGCCGUGGGUUCAGGAUUCGCUGUUGGUUCCAUUGUAACUUACCAAUGCAGCAUCGGACAUUACAUACACGGUGCGGGUUCUAGACAAUGCUCUGUGCAUUUUAACUGGACAGAACCUGGAUUCCUAUGCUUGAAGAUGUCAUGUGAUGUCCCAGUUGUUCCAGUUAAUGGUUCAGUAUCAGGAGCAUCUUACUUGUUCAAUGAUAGUAUACAAUUUUCUUGCGACACCGGUUUUACAAUGCAAGGUAGUGAAGGUGCAAACUGUGUAUGGAACUCAACAGGUGUUAUGUGGGAUUCAAAAGCCCCUGUUUGUAAUCCUGUGGCGUGUUCACCUCCCAUGCCCCCUGUCAAUGGCAGUGUAGAAAAUGGAGAAGAAUUCAUCUACCUUGAUGAAGUCACUUAUUCCUGCGACUUUGGUUUCGAACUUGUAGAGGAAGAACCUGUUACAAGGACCUGCCUGGCAAAUGGUACUUGGGGAGAUACACCAGUUUGUGAAGUUGUUUAUGAUUGCAACUUUGACGAUCCCACUUUACCUACAUGUGGAUAUGUCAAUCAAGGUUGGACAAGACAAAGUGCUAUUGUUAAUGGAACAGAACAAAGCUUUGUGAUUGGUAUUGCUGCUUUCAGUAAUGCUAUUAUGACAUCACAAGCAUACGGUCCAACCAAUGAGAGCGCUUGUUUAUCGUUUAAAUAUCGACAAUCAAACAAUAUGGUUGGAGGGGAGAGCAUUAAGUUAAUGCUUAAAGCGAUGGUAUUAAAUUCGACACAAAGUGAGUUGUGGGGAAGCUCAAUCUUUCCAAUGGAAUGGAAGGAAGUCUUCGUUACCAUUCAACCUGUGGAUGUCAAGUCUAAAUGGUCGUUCGAAUACUCUGGUUCAGGAUAUUCACUUUUAGAUGAUAUCUACCUUGACAAAAGUGGUGAAUGCGACUUCCCCACUGAACCUACAACCACUAUGUUAGCAACUGAACCAACAACAACUCAAUCUGAAGUUGCAAUUGAACCAACGACUGCCAUGCCCAGAGUGGUUCAAACCACUGCAGGAGCUGCACAGCUUCGUCUAUCAUCUCUUGCAGCUCUUAUUUGCUUUAUCUGUCUCCUAAUGAAGAUGUAAUACAAAACAUGAACACCUAGCAACAGGAAUUAAGAUAAAACAAUAUACUGUAUACAAUAAGUACAUUUUUUCGCUUUGCUGUUUAUCAAGCCUUGCUGUUGAAUAUAAUACUCAUACUAUUUCUAUACCCAUGGUGUACAGAGAAUAGUUUUCAGGUAUAUAGUUUGUAGCCUCUAUGCCUUACUUUUAAAUGAGAUUUUGGUUAUCAUUGGUUGCACUGUUUAUCCUGAAAUAAACUUAUUUUUCUGGAACAAA